UCAAAUAAUUACUACUAAUUUGGCUAAAAGAGAAAAUUCAAAAGGAAGAAUAUUAUUAAAUAGGCACUAACCUGGCUAUUUAAAGUCAUGAACUCUCACUGAAGAAGAACAUAUGAUUUCUUGUUCCUUUGCCAGAAUUCUUGAAUAGGCUUUGGAGCAAGUUACCCUAAGAACAGUUUAUUAGCUUCUGCUUAUUACAAAUCUAGCUAUGGCUCGUGGUGAAUUGGGAGUGCUUACUGCCCUUGAUACUGCCAAGACACAAUGGUAUCACUUCACUGCCAUCAUCAUCACUGGUAUGGGAUUCUUCACAGAUGCAUACGACCUGUUCAGCAUACCAAACGUUACCAAGUUGCUUGGCCGAAUAUACUACACAAAAGAAGGUUCACCAAAGCCGGGAACCUUGCCUGCAAAUGUUUCAGUUGCAGUUAACGGUGUUGCGCUCUGUGGCACACUAGCAGGCCAACUUUUCUUCGGUUGGCUAGGAGAUAAAAUGGGUAGGAAAAAGGUUUAUGGCCUAACUCUUGCCAUCAUGGUCGUCUCUUCUCUUGCCUCUGGCCUCUCCUUUGGGCACACCCCAAAGGGUGUGAUUUCCACCCUUUGUUUCUUCAGGUUCUGGCUUGGUUUUGGCAUUGGUGGUGACUACCCUCUCUCAGCCACCAUCAUGUCAGAAUAUGCAAACAAAAAGACUCGCGGCGCAUUCAUAGCCUCAGUGUUUGCUAUGCAAGGCUUUGGAAUCUUGGCUGGCGGGAUUGUUUCCCUCAUAGUUUCCGCAGCAUUCGAUCACGCAUUCAAGGCUCCGCCAUACAAGGAUGACCCUGCAGCAUCCCUUGUCCCCGAAGCCGACUACGUCUGGCGCAUCAUCCUCAUGUUCGGCGCCGCCCCUGCAGCUCUCACCUACUACUGGCGCAUGAAAAUGCCCGAGACAGCAAGGUACACAGCACUCGUCGCGAAAAACGCGAAACUCGCAGCGCAGGACAUGUCAAAGGUGCUGCAAAUGGAGGUUGAAGCUGAGCAGGAAAAGACGGACAAGAUAGCCGAGCCCGAAACGCAACAAAACAACAAGAACAGCUUCGGCUUGUUCAGCAAGGAAUUUGCUCGAACACAUGGCGUGCACUUGCUCGGAACCACUUCAACAUGGUUUCUCCUAGACAUUGCAUACUACAGCUCAAACCUCUUCCAAAAAGACAUCUACAGCAGCAUUGGGUGGCUCCCUCACGCGGAGGAAAUGAACGCGAUUCAGGAGGUUUACAAGGUUGCAAGAGCAUCAACACUGAUAGCACUCUGUGGCACUGUACCAGGGUACUGGUUCACAGUGGCAUUCAUAGACCAUCUGGGUCGUUUCAUCAUACAGCUUAUGGGGUUCUUCUUCAUGACAGUGUUCAUGUUCGCACUCGCAAUUCCUUACAAUCACUGGACACAGAAGGAACACAGAAUUGGGUUUCUUGUGAUGUACGCAUUCACGUUCUUCUUCGCGAAUUUUGGUCCAAACUCGACCACUUUUGUUGUGCCUGCAGAGAUUUUCCCUGCGAGGUUGAGAACUACAUGCCAUGGGAUAUCCUCUGCUGCAGGGAAAGCUGGAGCGAUUGUGGGUGCGUUUGGGUUCUUGUAUGCUUCACAGGACAAGGAUGAAGCAAAGAGAGAUGCAGGGUACCCUGCUGGUAUUGGCAUGAAGAACACUCUUAUUGUGCUUGCUGUGACGAAUUGUCUUGGCAUGGUUUGCACGUUCAUGGUGCCAGAAUCUAAAGGGAAAUCGUUGGAGGAGUUGAGUGGUGAGAAUGAAGAAGAUGAAGGUGAUGAGAGUGUUGAGACACAAGGUUCCUCUAGUAGGACUGUUCCGGUGUGAAAGGUGAUCUUGUAAGACAGGUGUCCUCUUUCGGAGACCAUCUUGUUCGAGUCGGGAACAUCUACAUUAUGGUGGAGCUAACUCUCAUAGUGGAGUUUUUUUCCAUCCACAAGACUCGAACUCGAGAUCUUGCUUAAGGGGAAUCAAGUAGUUAAUUAUAGCGGUUGGUAGAUAGUUAAGCUCCUUAAGUAUUUAAUUUAAAAUUUGAUCUCUGACGUGUGUAUGAGAAAGAUUUAUUAGGAGAGACACACAGAAAUAGUCUCAUGGUUGUGGGCUUUGGGAUAAAUAAUUUGAUAUGCUUUUUAAAUGAAA